GUUGGCAUCCAUCGGCGCCGCCGUGGGGUGGGGCAUGAGCGUGGCCACGGGCUACCUGCUCAGGUGGCUGCGCUGGCGGGGCGCCAAGCCGGCGGUGGAGAUCACGAUCAUCCUGGCAGUCGCCUACCUGUCGUUCUAUGUGGGGCAGAGCCCCGCGCAGGGCUCCGGCGUGAUAUCUGUGGUGGUGUACGGCCUGUGGGGCAACUACACAUCCAAGUGGGGCAUGCUGGCAUCUACAGAGGAGAGCGGGUCCUUCGACGCAUGCCUGGGCUGGGCAGAGGUUGUGUUCACGGGCUGGGCGGGCCUGCGGGGCGCCAUCUCGCUCAUCAUGACCGCAGACUUCAUCGCGCACAGCGCCUUCCUGCAAGGCAACAUCAACGACCCAGACGACCCAGAGAGGGACAUAGGUGUGUGA